CAAACUUCAUAAAAGCAUUUCCCAAAUCUGUGAUAAACCUUGAGCCAUUCAAUUUGACAUGGCACUGCUGUGUACUUUCCCCAAAAAGAGCAACCCAAAUGUUAACGACUCGUUACACUUUCCUUAAUUAUUUACUUGAAGGAGCAAAUUUAGAGCCCAAGCCAUGGCCCCAAAGUAGCGAAACUCUCUGCAAAAAAAAACCUUCUAAUCGAGGCAAACAAAGGAAAGGGCCAUGGAUUCAUUGGAGAUUUUGAAUAGGAUUUCAACGGCUGGUUUCUUUUCUUUUGGUUCCAAGCUAUCAAGUUCAAAGAACCCCCUUUUUUUACCCGUUUUAUCCAUGAAGUCUGCUUCAAAUAUGAAGCAUUUUGAUAUGAUUUGUUGCAGUACGGAAGCUCAGAGCUUCCAUGGGGUUUUUGUCGAUGAUCCAGAAGUUAAAUCCCUAAGGGGUGGUGAUAUUUUCUCUGAAACCUCAUCCAGUAAGUCGGAUGUUGAUUAUUUGGGCGAAAGCACUAAGGGGGACUUGAAUGUGAAGCAGGAGCAUCUACAGGCCUUUAGCUACAAGAACCUUGCACCGUUUGAAGGUCCAAUUGAAGAGAUUGCAAGACUUGAGGCUCAAGAGGCUGAAACAUUGCUUAAUGAGCUGGGGAUUCAGGAUCCUUUUUCAACUAGACAUUCCCCACGUGGCAUCUUCUGUAGUAGAACGUUGAAUCUGAGGUCAAUCAGUGCUGUUGGCUAUGACAUGGAUUAUACCUUAAUUCAGUACAACGUAAUGGCUUGGGAAGGUCGGGCUUAUGACUAUGGUAUGGCCAAUCUCAGGGGCAUGGGUUUUCCAGUUGAUGGGCUUCAAUUUGACCCUGAUUUGGUUAUUAGAGGCCUUAUUAUGGAUAAAGAGAAGGGGAAUUUGGUUAAGGCUGAUCGAUUUGGUUAUGUGAAAAGGGCCAUGCAUGGGACCAAAAUGCUUUCUACCAGAGCUGUAAGUGAGAUGUAUGGGAGGGAACUUGUCGAUUUACGAAAGGAGAGUAGAUGGGAGUUCCUCAAUACAUUAUUUUCUGUUUCAGAAGCCGUAAUGUAUAUGCAGAUGGUGGAUCGACUGGAUGACGGAGUGAUACCUUUAGAACUGGGACCUCUUGACUACAAAGGACUUUAUAAGGCUGUUGCCAAAGCCCUUUUCCGAGCGCAUGUAGAAGGUCAACUUAAGAGUGAAAUAAUGGCUGAACCUGAGCGCUUUGUAAUCCCAGACCCAGAGCUUCCUUUAGCUCUUCUGGACCAAAAGGAGGCUGGGAAACAGUUGCUGUUGAUUACCAACUCAGAUUAUCAUUACACAAAUAAAAUGAUGCAACAUGCCUUCAAUAGAUUUCUUCCAAAUGGCAUGGAUUGGACAGAUCUUUUUGAAAUGGUUAUAGUAUCUGCAAGAAAGCCAGAAUUCUUUCAAAUGUCACACCCAAUGUAUGAGGUCGUGACAAAUGAUGGAUUGAUGCGUCCUUGCUUUAAGGCACAUCCUGGGGGUUUAUAUUCUGGAGGGAGUGCUCAAUUUGUGGAGAAAUCCCUGAAUAUUCAUGGAGAUGAGAUAUUGUAUGUUGGUGAUCAUAUUUACACAGAUGUUAGUCAAUCCAAAGUUCAUUUGAGAUGGAGAACAGCACUGAUUUGUCCUGAAUUGGAACAGGAGUUUAGGGCUUUGAUCCACAGUCGACAUCACAGAACAGCACUGAUAGAGCUCAUGAACCAAAAGGAAGUUGUGGGCGAUCUUUUCAAUCAAUUGCGGCUUGCACUUCAAAGGCGUACCAAAGGACGCCCUGCACAGACUCUUGCUGCCACUAACAUGGAUGAUCAAGAACUUGCAGAGAGCAUGCAAAAGCUACUAAUUGUUAUGCAAAGAUUAGACGAAAAAAUUGCUCCUAUGUUGGAAGCAGAUGGAGAGCUUUUCAAUAAAAGGUGGGGUUACCUGUCACGCGCUGGUCUGUGGGAUAAAAGCCACUUGACAAAACAAAUAGAGAAGUUUGUGCUUGCCCAUGAAUUCACACCAUCACUCUUUCUUGAAAGGUUUUUGCUUAAAUACACACUGAACUUUCUAUUUGCAGAUAUGCCGACAUAUAUACAUCUAGGGUUUCAAACUUCCUACACUAUACGCCAUUCAUGUAUUUCCGGGCAGGGGAGCAGACGCUCGCGCAUGACUUCGAUUCCUAUUGUCCACCCUAUAUCAACAAUCAUUUUGAAGCCGACAAGAUAAUGGUGCCACCUUCAUGAGCUACAAACUAUGAUCUAUGGUAGGUUGUUCUGAGGCGGAAUAGUAAACCAUGAUGGCUUCCCAAUUCAUGCAGGAUCAUAUCACCGGGUUCCAUGCCAUGGGUACUUGUUAUAUGUAUUUCUUGGUGCUUUCAAUUGUAUAGCUCAAAUGUUAGGGACAUUUAAGAUAAUGUAUCGUAUGAUAGCAGAAUGUCACCUGAUUUAUUAGAGAAUUCGACAAUACCAUUGAAUGGAUAUGCAGAAUUUAUUGUUGAA